AUGUUGUUGUUGGCAGUAGCGUGGCUGAUUGUGCAUUCACCAGUGGUACAAGCUGCAGACGCGUCUGAUAUUGUAGACAUUCGCAUUCUGCUCUUUACGCUCGCUGCUGCUUCGCUGGUGCUGGCUGCGUGUAUCAUACCCAUCCUGAUGCCGUGGAUCGCUCCUGGCUUUGAUCCACUGCGUGGUCUGUUGCCUGCGCAUGACUCGCCACCGCCAUUACUUGAUGCACAUGCAAGUGUUGCCGCACAAAAGCAGAGACUCUCAUCUGAAGUGCCUCAUUAUGCUGGUUUGGUGAACCCAAGCGUUGACUGCUACUUUAACAGCGUAGUGCAAAGUCUCGCGAGUUUGACGCAUCUCGCGCGCUAUCUCGAUGACAUGGCAAUCAUGUCACGUCGCUGGGAUGUAGCGACACCUGUGACGGACGCUCUGUUAGCACUUUUAGUCGCGCUAAAUACGCCUCAGGCACGACGCACCACCCUCACACCUCGUGCAUUACGAACUGCACUACAGUCUGCAUCACCAUCGCAUGGCAUACGAACGCUACUUUCAGCACAACAACAGCAAGAUGCACAUGAAAUUUGCGUACUUCUGAUGGAGACGCUCGAUGCUGAAUUGGGUGCUGUGCAGCAGGGUCGCUCGCAUGCGUUGCGGUCGCAAACUACGCAAGGUCUCGGGUUGCUUACCGCACCGUCGAUCCUGGUCCGAGGCCGUCUACGUACCCAGCUUGGAUUUGAUGGUGAUCAUGUCUCAAAUCCAUUUCGUGGUACGUUGGCACAGCGGACAUCGUGUGCUCAGUGUGGCUACAUGGAAGCUGUUCGCCAUUUUUCGUUUACUGAUCUGGAUUUGGUGGUACCAAGCUCGACAUGUACCCUUCAGCAAUGUCUAGCAUCGUGGAUGGAGCUCGAGCAUAUAGAGUGGGUAUGCCAUCGAUGCAGCCUACAAGCCACGCUCAUGCGCAUCGAAUCGGCUCGCGAUGCCAUCACGGAGCCGUGCUCACGGAAGCAGAGCAAGCAGGCAGCUCUCUUGGAUGCCCAGCGAACAACACUGAAACGUGUGCUUUGCAGCGGGGCACAUGACUCCGAGCUCGAGGCGACACACGAGCUCGAUGGUAUUGAGUUGGAACGCAUACUAAGUACUUAUGCCACGAAACAAAUCAUGAUGGCGAGGUGUCCUCCUAUUCUUGUCUUGCACCUGAAUCGCUCGUCUUUUUCUCUGGGUAAUUUCGGGGCCAGCAAAAAUCAGGCCCGUGUCGUCUUUCCCGAGUACCUCGACAUGCUUCCCUUCAUGACAGGCGCAACUCUUUCUGCCCAUCCAUUACAGCCCAUCUCCCCCUCCGAAAAGGCAGGCAACGCCAUAUACAGACUCAGUGCCAUGGUAGCGCACUAUGGUACACAUAACUAUGGACAUUACGUCUCCUAUCGAAGGCGUCCUUGUCCCUUGGAUGAAGGUCCAGACGUGUGGACGCGCGUCUCGGACGAUCAUGUGCAAUUGUGCUCAUGGGAUGAAGUUCAGGUGCAAAACCCGUACCUGCUCAUGUACGAGCGCAUAGACAACGCAGCGCCGUCACCACUGAUACCCGCACGUACCGUGCAUCGCUGGGACGUAUAUACUUUUAGACGCGCCAUUUCUGCUCCAUAG